ACGCCGCUGCACCGCGCCGCGCAGCUGGGCGCUCUGGAGCAGCUGUCGCGGCUGCUGGCUGCGGGCGCCCCACCGGGCAUCGCCGACAUCUGGGGCCGCCAGCCGCUGCACCUGGCAGCCAAGGCGGGGCAGGAGGCGGCGCUUCGGGUGCUGCUGGAGGCGGGGAGCAGCCCCGCGGCAGCGGACAGCAUGUGGGGCGAGCUUGCUGUGCACAAGGCGGCGGCAGAGGGGCACGCCGCCUGCGUGGCGGCCCUGCUGGCGGCCCCCGGCGGCAGGGCCGGCCUAGAGGUGCCCAACAAGGACUCCCGCCGCCCGCUGCACCUGGCCGCAAAAAACGGGCACACGGCGUGCGUGCAGGCGCUGCUGGCAGCCGGCGCCAGCCCCUCGGCCAUGCUGCGGGACGGCCUGCUGCGGGACGGCGCCACGCCGCUGCACCUGGCAGCACAGAACGGGCACGCCGACGCGGUGGCGGUGCUGGUGGCGGCGCCCGGGGCAGACCCCAACCACCGCCGCGCUGACGGGUGGACGCCGGCGCACCUGGCGGCACAAAACGGCAACGCAAACUGCCUGGUGGUGCUGCAGCGGGCGGGGGCGGAGGCCAGCCCCGCGGACUCCUUCUUCAAGACGCCGCUGCACCUGGCCGCCGCAUGUGAGCUGGGGGCCCAGGGGGCCGGUGGCGGGCGAUCACCUGCUACCUGCCCCCCCCACCCCGGCCCGCCGCCUGCCCACCCCGCCUCUGCCCCAGAUGCGCACAUCGCAUGUGUGGAGGCGCUUCUGGCGGCGGGGGCCAACGUGGAUGCUGUGAUGAAGGACGGGCGCGCGCCGCUUCACCUGGCCGCCCGCCACGGCCACUGCGACGUGCUGGCCGCGCUGCUGGCGGCCGGGGCGGACCCGGGGCUGCGGGUGAUGAGCGGCUGGACGCCGCUGCACAUGGCGGCA